CUUUGCACCACACAGAGAAUAAUCUACGAGGACAUGUUCAUAUUUUAACUUUGCACCACACAUAGAACAAUCUACGAGGCUGGCCUGGGAGUGUUCAUGUGCGUUCACACUCUUGAGGAGGGUGAGGCGUUUCCAGUAAUAGUCACCAAAAGAGAAGUGUGACAUUGAGCUCUCACACCAUAAAGCAGAGCAUUUGCACUAGAGGGACUUCUAAAAGUGGUCUCUGACAUAUCAGGAUAAAUAACAUGUUUUUAGAUGGUGUUUAUUGUUCUGUUAAAGGGACCGUGUGUACAUUUGUAAUGCAUUUACCUCACUGUGGACACAGGUUCCUAAGGCUCAUUUAUGCUUAUUUAAGAAAUUGGGCAGAAUAAGAUAUGUUGCACUUGAACGAUUUCCAGUGAGACUUCGCCUCUGACUAAGAAUAUUCAGAAAUGCUCUCUGAUCAGGGAAGUCAAAUCUCAAGGUCAAGUUUGUAAGAGAUGAAUUCUAUAUCAGACUAUGUCCCCUUCCAAAACUUUCAAGUAGCAAUUCGAAAAAGAUUCAUUUAGGUUGCAGUUGAUGAACCGGAGUAUUUUUUCAGAUCUUUUGCUACUUGCUUGAUUACAGUAGCUAUACAUAGUUCAGUGUGUAUGCCUUCCUUCCUUGAGUCUUACCCUUCCACAUAUAGGCCUAUCUAAAAAAAUUGGGAAAUUUGCUUGCGUUACCUGGUUUGUGCAAUAACCUGUCUGCUGAGUAGUAUUGGGAUGUGUGUCAUAACAUAAUGUGGGUGUUCUACUUAUUGGGUUUUAUUACAUUAUUUUUAUUUUAUUGUAUUCCUACUUAUUUGGUUUUAUUUGCUUACAACAUGUUCAGUUUAUUUCCAAAACAUUUGCCAAAGUUAUUACAAUAAGAAGGGAUGGGUUUGGACCAUAGGCUAGAUAGACUAUAUGUCUACUGUCUACUCAUACCACGGGGAGGGGGAACUGGGAACUGCUGUCAUGUACUUAAAUGUCAACUUGAAGACGCACUUCCACUCGUUCGGUCGGGCAAGAGGCACGAUUUCGAAUCUCAAUUACGAAACUGUUCAGAAAAGUCUAAAAACUCUGAAACAGAAACGUAACAAUGAUUUGGGAACUUUGUGCACUCAAACGUCCAUACAACCUCAGUUUGACGGAUGAAGGCAUGUUUCGCUUUUAAUGCUGAAGACGUUGGCACAGAUGAAGUGGCCGGACAGUGUAUCGGCAACACCGCUUGUACGGGCUGUGUGAUUGAAGAUAACUGGAUGUGGAGGUGCAGUGGAUCCAUGUCGAUGAUCAGCGCUCUGACGGAGCAUGUGUUAUGCAAAGACAAACGCAUUUUUCUUCUUGCUAUAUGCUGUAGUAAUCCGCAAUGCCAACAGCAAUUGCACAGCAAUUCCCAGCCUGGGCCGAUUUGUGCAAGUGGGCGCAAAUUUUACAAUUUUCUGCAUCAAUCAAGGGAGUUGCAAAGGACCCAGGACUGGCAUUUUCCGUGAUACCGUCGAGAAGCAGCUUCACCAAACAGAGAAUGACACAACAAUCAGGCAUGAGGUUCAGGGAAUAAUGGUGAACAGAACAUACACUUGCAAAUGCGAGCCUGUGGUCUGUGGUGUUGACAUCAUUGUUGGAUACCCCCCUGAGGUCCCUCAAAAUCUUACCUGUGAGCAGAACGGGGAAUUUGGAAAUGUCAGUUGCACAUGCAAAAUAGGAAAAGAAACCGGCUUAUGGACAACAUCCGAGUUCCGUGUUAGGACUGCAUCUCACAACAGCACCACAGACGUGCCGGUCAUCCACUCCGGGGUGAAUUUAGCCACGUUCUAUCCUGGAUCUGACACUCGAUUCGUCGUUAGUGUGAGGGCUUUCAACAAACUUGGACACAGUGCUGCGGGGGAAAUUGACUUCACUCUUAGUCACAUUGUGAGGCCCACUCCUCCAAUCCUGGAUAAGGUGGUAUGUUCCUCCCGCCACUGCCGCCUCCUCAUCACCAACGCGGGCUCCUGUCACAUUCUUCAGGUCCAGCACAGACAGGUCCGGGACCAGGACCAGGACCCGGGGCACUGGUCUACACAGCUUUUCAACCGCACACACUCAAACCACAACUGGAACAUCUCAAUCUCUUUGGAGCCGUUUGCGUCUCACCAUUUCCGUGCCAGGUUGAAGAUAAGACCACACACAGGUCUGUGGAGCCAGUGGAGAAGUUUCAACCAAAGCAGGACUGGCGAAGAAGCACCUCUGAAACUGGAUAUUUGGUACAUAGAAAAAUCAUCCGGGUCAUAUAUCUUGCUUUGGAAGAAACAGAAUCAGUCAGAAGCCAGGGGCAUAAUUCUCGGAUACACAGUAUUAGCUGAAGACACGAAGACAAAGGAGACCAGGUCCUGGAAUGUAACAAACACAACGUUCACAAACUUCACAACUCAGUUGUGCUGUCACUGGGUUAUCAACAUCUCAGCCUUCAACUCAAGAGGCUAUUCUCCACCUGCUACUAUAGCCAUACUACAGGAAAAAGAACAACGUCCUCAGAAAGUAUCUCAUGUAUCCCGGAGUGAUGGCAGCGUCGCCCUCUCCUGGCAGAAGCCUGCUACUGCAGCAGCUGAGGCGGUGAUUGGCUACCUUGUGGAGUGGCUCCUAGUUGACAGGCCCUAUAAAGAACUCCAGUGGCGAAGGCUGAGCAGAGAUCAGCUGAGUAUCAACAUUACAGGUCUUCAGCCACAUGAGUGUUAUAAAGGAGCAGUUUACACUCUAUUCAAAUAUGGAAAAGGGAAGGCAGAAUUUGACAUUUCCACUCAGCCUAAGGUUCCAGAGAAAGGUCCUGAUGUUAUUCGUAAUUUGCCACUGGUCAAUGAGGAUAACACUGUGGAGGUGUCCUGGAUGCCAGUCCCAAGACACCAGUGGAGAGGUUGCCUCAGAAAUUACACCCUCUAUGUCCAAGGACCAGAGGAGAAGAUAGCUCAAUAUGUUGUGAAAACCAUGCGCAGAAAGUUCCGUGUGUCUGGUCUCACCCCUGGACAGCAGUACAAAGUUUCCAUGACUGCUUGGACUGAUGCUGGACAGAGUCCUCAAGGACAAUUCCGCCUUUUCACAAACAAAUCCAGAAAGGAAGCUUCAUCACUGCUCUUUAGGGUCCUGGUAACCGGUUUCACUGUUAUGUCCUCUCUCCUGCUUCUCCUGUGCCUGUGUCAUAAUUCCUCCCUUCGCCAAAGGUUUUUGACAUGUUGUCACCUCCUUCCGGACAUGAUCCCAGAUCCUGCCAACAGUAAAUGGGCCAAAGAGUUUUCCGGUGAAAAGAUUGAGAUGGCCUUGACCCUAUACCUCAAUGAAUCCAGCAUGAGUGAGGGGGAGCCUGACACGCUGGAGGUGCAGGAGAUCUCCAAUGAGGGCCUGAUUCCUGGUGCUGUGGUGGGCCUCAGCAGGUCGAGCAGCAGCAGUUUGCAGCAGGACGUGUGCCUCUCCUACAACCUCACCUCCCCCACUACCUACCUGAAGAGCUUCUCGCAGGAGUCCGAUCAGACCCAAGUGUCCCAGAACACGGAGGUGACUGUGGACUACAUCUCCACACAUGGGAUGCUGAGUGGGGAGAGUGAUCGAGAGGAGGAGGAAGAGCAACCAUGUUUGGAUGGACCAACGUUCCUUCCCUGCCCUCUCUUUGACCCUCUGGUUUCCUUUGGGGGGAAGCUUACUUUGGACUCUGUGAAAAUUGACUGUAGCGACUUCUUGGAUGAACCAUUCUUUUUGCAUUGCUGACAAAUGACAUCUAUGAAUAAUACAAUAGCCACAACAAACUUUCUGCCAGCUUUCAUUAAACAGAGCUACAAUGGACAAAUCAAAGAUCUGCCUAUUCCAUUUGGAAAAGCAGAUGUGUAGAAUGUUGUACCGGCAAGAUUCAAU